CAGAGAAGAGUCUCUCCAGAUCAGAACACCAGAUGGACAACGCUAGCCCUUCCGCCCUCCCAGAGUCCCCGUGUCGUACCUCUCCCAGUAGCACCUUACUGCUGGGUCUGAAGAGGUUGUCUGUGCGGCUGGUGGACUGCAGGAAAACAACGGGGCUGAGUGGAACUGUGAGAGGAGGAGAAGAGAAGAAAGGAGCAGAUUUGACUCAUCAAAGAGAAAGACCAGACUCAGAGGAACCAGAGACCUCCAAACCAGCAAGACCCCGCCACUGCUCCCACUGUGGAAAGGGUUUUAACAAGUUAGGGAACCUGAAACAACAUGAGAGAAUACAAGCAGGAGAAAAGCUGGACCACUGCUCCAAGUGUGGAAAGAGUUUUACCCAGUUAGGGCACCUGAAAUGCCACAAGGGAUUGAACACAGGGGAGAAGCCUUACCACUGCUCCCUGUGUGUAAAGAGAUUUUCUUCAUCAGGGUGCCUGAAAAGACAUGAGAGGACGCACACAGGCGAUAAACCUUUUCAAUGCUCCCAGUGUGGAAAGAAUGUUUCCUUGUUAGGGAGCCUGAAAAGACAUGAGAGGACACACACAGGAGAUAAGCCUCACCACUGCACCCAGUGUGGAAAGAGUUUUAACCGGAAAGAAUACCUGAAAGAGCAUGAGAGAAUACACACAGGGGAGAAGCGAGAGAAGCCUUUCCACUGCUCCCAGUGUGGAAAGAGUUUUUCCUCGUUAGCGAGCCUGAAAAUACAUGAGAGGACACACACAGGAGAUAAGCCUCAUCACUGCUCCCAUUGUGGAAAGAGUUUUAACCUGAAAGGACACCUGAAACAGCAUGAGAGAAUACACACAGGGGAGAAGCCCUACCACUGCUUCCAAUGUGAAAAGAGUUUUGCCUGGUUAGGGGACCUGAGAAGACAUGAGAGGACGCACACAGGAGAGAAGCCUCAUCACUGCUCCCAGUGUGGAAAGCGUUUUAAUCAGUUAGUUCACAUGAGAAGACAUGAGAAUACACACAGGACAUAAGGAUGUAGGCUGAACAUUAGGACAUAGGACAGAUGUAGGUCCAAUACAUGGUGGGUCAGUAGGCCGUAGAGACUCUGAAUGUGUCUUGUGUAUUGACUUUCCAGUGUUUUCCGUACAGCAUGUAUUAUAGUGGAUUGGGUUUGUGGAUUUGUUUGCUGGGUGCGUGUUUUGGUUUUUGCUCUAGCACAACUUAUUCAGUUAACCAACUCAUCAUCAAGCUUUUCUGAUUUGAAUGGGCUGUGUAGUGUUAGAGGACCUGAGAUGACAUGAGAGAAUACAGAGGCUUUGUUCUGACUGUUGUUUUGGACUGACAACUCUUCUGAUUAUUCUAUUUUCCUUUAAGUUGUUGAAAUGUUCCGUAUUGACUGACCUUCAUGUCUUAAAGUAAUGAUGGACUUGUCAUUUCUCUUUGCUUAUGUG